AAAGUAUAGGGAGACUAGGGUAUAAGAGGGAGACCCAGCCUCCCUCUGUGUGCUCCACACCUGUGUCUGGCACCCGAUCCUGUGUGUUGGUGGGCACUUGAAGAUCAGCACCAUGAAGAUCCUGGUCUUGGCCUUGGUGUGUCUACACCUCUCAGAGGGUUUGGAAAGAGUCAUCCUGAGGAAAGGCAAGUCUAUCCGCGAGGCCAUGGAUGAACAGGGUGUACUGGACACAUUCCUCAAGAACCACCCAAAGGGUGAUCCAGCUGCCAAGUAUCACUUCAACAACGAUGCUGUUGCUUAUGAGCCCAUCACCAACUACCUGGAUAGUUACUACUUCGGGGAAAUCAGCAUCGGGACACCACCCCAAAAUUUUCUGGUCCUCUUUGACACUGGCUCCUCCAACCUGUGGGUGCCCUCCACCUACUGCCAGAGCCAGGCCUGCUCGGAUCACAACAGGUUCAACCCCAGCCAGUCCUCCACCUUC